CACAGUCCACUCCAAAACCCUUUACAUCACACCAGCUACAUAACAGACCACCGCUUUACACAGAUCAACGCCUGAAUUAAGAGAGUAGAAUUUCCUUUUUAAAGAGAAGGAAAACCCUUGACAAAGAACUUUACUUUUCAAAUUUCCAAUCAAGACAAGAGGACACCUAAGGAUGGGAUCUGCUGGGGUACAGAUUGUAUGUGUGGCCCUUGGGGUCCUGGGCCUGAUCGGGGGCAUUGUGUGCUGUGCCAUCCCUAGGUGGAAAGUGUCAUCAUUUACAGGACAGAACAUCGUAACGGCACAGGAAACUGAAGAGGGCCUGUGGAUGACCUGUGUGGUGCAGAGUACUGGCCAGCAGCAGUGUAAGAGCUAUGAGUCCCUGCUGGUCCUGCCAUCUAACCUGCAGGCGGCCCGCGCCAUGACCAUCAUCAGCUGCAUGGUCACCUCCCUGGCCAUCCUCAUCUUGUUCGCCGGCGCCGACUUCACCACCUGCGUGGAGAAUGAGGACAUCAAGCCCAAGAUCAGCCUUGUGGCUGGGAUCGCUCUGUUGGUGUCUGGCCUCCUCCUCAUCAUCCCUGUCAGCUGGUCCGCCCACAACGUCAUCAGCAACUUCUACAACCCCCUUGUGGCCCAGAAGAUGGAGCUGGGAACCUGUAUCUUUAUUGGCUGGGCUGCUGGGGUGCUUCUGAUUCUGGCCGGAGGCCUGCUCAUGUGCUUCAGCAGAGCCAAAUCUGGCAGCUCGGGAGGAACCGCCAAGUACUACGGCAACAGCGCUUCAGCCCCCGCCGCCAACAAGAACUACGUCUAGUGCAUGUAUUACACCUCUGUAUGUUUGUAUGUGUGUAGAGAGAUAGUUUGAUGGAAAGGAAAUGGGUCAGACAGAAUGGAAACAAGAAAGGGGAGGGGUUUAAUCUUGAGGAUAAAGAAGGGACAUUAUGAGUGGAAAUAAUGGUUGUAAAUAUUGAAUAUUUCAAAAUAGUAAGACUGGUUUAGUUGUAGUUAAUCCAAGGGUCCAAUAUGGUGGUUCAAUUUAAAAUACAAAUAUAUGUUUCUUUUUUGGGGGGGACUAACUCAAUAUACUAUAAUAUACUACAAAUCGAAACUGUGUAGGGAUGAUGAUGUACCUACAUUCAUACAGUUUCUUAACUGUGUCCAACUCACUAAGAAUCACCUACAUGAAGGUUAGACAGUCAAAGAGCACCGGAAAUUCCAAAAACGAUGGAUAGAGGAAAUUAUUUUACAAAUUGUGACGGCGAGGAAAUAUAACCAAUUUUCAGUGUGGAUCUCCGGACCUCGUUGAAGACGAAAUGUAGCCCCCGGGGCAGAAGGAGUUUGACACCCUUGUUAUAAUGUGUUAUCUCGUUGAGGUUUUUAAUAAUGGGUGACAUGCUCCUGUAAUGCCAUGAAUGAACAACAGAGAGCAAGGUGAGGGACUCAGUGCUCAUGCAUCUCCAAAUACAGGUAUAGUUAAAUGACUGUAUAUAUCAUUUACAUCCAUGAGAUCACAACUAUUUUACUUAUGUCAAAUCAGCUUGUCUUUUACUUUUGUGUAUCAAAUACUAAAUACAUGUUUUUAUUUUAUUCUGUUGCAAUAGAAAUGAUUGUCAUCUCCUUCAGGUGUGCCAUCCUUUGGAUGGCGUUUGGAAAUGUUAACAAAAGCAAAACAAGUUUAAAUAUUUUGGAUAAUAUUAAGGACUUUUAUUUCCAACUAUGUAAGAGCAUAUAUUAAAAACAAGUCUCUAUAAAUGGGAAAACUGACACCAACAAAACAAAUUCAAGCUUCCAGACCCAAAAAUAUUUGGCUGCUGAUAUUGAUGGAUCCUGUCUCCAACUCUCCCUUUAAACAUCUUUCCUUCAAACAUCCCCAACUAUUUAUAACUAUUUUACUUUCAUCUCCUCUUUAUCUUCUCCUCUUUACACCUCCUUCUCUCUCUCCAUCAGCUCCAUCUCGAACCCAAUGGCUCUGUUUCAAUUAUUGCUCUCCAGUUUGCUUACGCGCUUGGUCAGCUCCUCUACUGUUUCCUUCAGAGCCUUCACCUCCUUCUGCAAGGCAUGUACCUCCUGAGAGAGAGAGAGAGAGAGAGAGAAAGA